ACAAUGUAAAGUACAAAUUUGGAGCGAAAUUUUGUAAAUGAAAAUUCGAUUUCCAAAUACUUAAAAUGUACAAUUUGUUCAGCUGUUUUUAGUGAACCAAUCAGAUUAAAAUGUGGGUAAAUAUAAUUUUAAUGAAGCCAUACUUUUUGUAAGAAAUGUAUUUCUUAAUGGUUAAAUGAACAUUCAAGUUGUCCAGAAUGUAGAUCAGAUGCUAAACAAAAGAACUUCUAAAGUAUGUUUGAAAUAUACAUUUUUUAAUAGUUGAUCGAAUUGCUGCAGGUAUUAUAAGUGAAUUGGAUGUUUAUUGUUCAAAUAAAGUUUAUGGAUGUAAAUGGAAAGGUGUUUUAGAUAGAUUAGCAGUACAUUAAAAGAAAUGCUCUGCUAAAACAGUAGCAGAAUAACUUAAUUUGAAAAUUAAUUCAAAUAAUGAGACAGAUGAAGAUGAAGAACUUGCAUAAUAAAAUGAUCCAGGAAAUCUAGUUACAAGAAUUAAUGUUUAGUUAAAAGAUAAAAAAGUAAUAAUUGAUGCAUUAAAAUCGUCUGGUGAAAAUACAAAAGAUAAUAAUUUAGAAGAUGAUGAUCCUUUAGCAUUUUUAGAUUAAUUACAAUAAUAGUUAGAUAAAUCUCCCUUAGCAGAAAAAAGAAUAAUAGAUUUCAGUGAAGAAGAUCUACCUAAAUAACAACGUGAAAGAAUAUAAUAAUAAUAAUAAAAUUUAUGA